UGGAUUUCCGAUAGCAGAAAAUGAGAGCAUUCGCGUCAUCGUCACUGAUUAACUUGAAAUCUUUCACUCUACACCACACUCCCACCUUUAAGAACCCUCGCUCUCUAUCUCUUUCUCUCCCCUCUCUCUCUCCCUUCAUUUCCCCUUCUCCAAUCAUGGCUGCAUCCUUCAACUCCGAACGCGCCCGCGCUCCACCCGCCAUUCCCAUGCCCCCUCCUCCUCUCACCAAGUUCAAAAUCGGUCUCUGUCAACUCUCCGUCACUCCCGACAAGGACAGAAACAUCGCCCACGCGCGCACCGCCAUUCAGGACGCUGCAUCCAAGGGCGCUCAACUUGUUCUCUUGCCUGAAAUUUGGAACAGUCCUUAUUCCAAUGACAGUUUCCCCGUCUACGCCGAGGAUAUCGACGCCGGCGCCGGCGCUUCUCCUUCCACCGCCAUGCUCUCCGAACUCUCGCGUCUCUUAAAAAUCACUAUCGUCGGCGGUUCCAUUCCAGAACGUUCCGGAGGUCGCUUGUACAACACUUGCUGCGUCUUUGGCACCGAUGGAAAACUACUCGCCAAGCACCGGAAGAUACAUCUUUUUGAUAUCGAUAUCCCUGGGAAGAUUACCUUUGUUGAGUCAAAAACUCUUACUGCUGGGGAGACUCCGACCAUUGUGGACACAGAGGUUGGACGCAUUGGCAUAGGCAUCUGUUAUGACAUCAGGUUUCCAGAACUAGCUAUGAUAUAUGCUGCUAGAGGGCCAUUAGCAUCACAGAGUAGCAAUUUUGAUUUUUUGGGGGUGGAUAGAAGAGGAGGGUUCAUAUACAUAGGGCAACACUGCCUGUGUAUUUCUCAUUUCAGGAAUAUACUAAAAGAAAUUUCAAAUUCAUAUUCCUUGCUUUUGACUUCAGGUGCUCACUUACUCUGCUAUCCUGGUGCAUUUAACAUGACAACUGGACCAUUACAUUGGGAGUUGUUGCAGAGGUCAAGGGCUACAGAUAAUCAGUUAUAUGUGGCUACCUGUUCACCUGCCCGGGAUACUGGAUCUGGUUAUGUGGCUUGGGGCCACUCUACUCUUGUUGGACCAUUUGGAGAAGUUCUGGCUACUACAGAACAUGAGGAGGCAAUCAUCAUAGCAGAAAUUGAUUAUUCAAUAUUGGAGCAGAGAAGGACAAAUCUUCCUGUAACUAAGCAAAGACGAGGUGAUCUUUACCAGUUGGUGGAUUUUCAGAGGCUGAAUUCCCAGUGAUGAGAACAUAACUAUUGUAAUUGAGAUAUCCGGAUUACCUUGUAUGUGGCAUUAGCAUGCCAUUCAUUUAUAUUAUCGCUAUUUGGAUGCUGUAUUAUUGCUGAUAUGGAACUCGAACCUUGUAGGGAAUAAAGAAAUAAAGGAAAUUGUGCUUUCUCGAAUA